AUGAAACUACCACAAACCAGCUUCAUGGCUAUCCUUCCAUUGAUAUUACUCUCUUCUAUCACUACCACCAUUACUAGCCGUCCAACCGCCCUCAUCACCUCCCGUCGCGGUCUAUCCGAAAACUGUGACCCUCUUUUCGGAAUCGGAUGCAGUGAACCAUGGCCUUUCGCUUCCUCCAACCCUUUCAUGUCUAGACCUUUUCUACGUAGCCAAACCAACUCACCACCAUCCGUUGUCGUGCCGUCCCCACCACCACCCGUGUUCACGAAUUACCCGUCGUUUACACCCCCAUUAGACGAUACAAAUCCGUCUUUUUCACCACUUGUUGCAUCUCCCCCACCACCAGGCUAUACUUUUACUACUCCUACUGUUGUCCCUCAACUUCCACCAGACAAUGAUGAUGAUAUAAAUUCACCGUUUAUUGGAAUAUCGUUUUCCCCACCAAAUCCCGAGGUAACUUUACCUCCAAUUGUUGAAAAUAAUCAGCCAGACCAGUUUGUGUCACCACCACAAGAAAACCAGCCCGGACCACCGGUUGUUCCUAUUGAAUCUAAGCCGCCAGAAGACGCUGGAAAGCAACUUCCACAGCUGCCACCAGUGGUGGAAUCUCCUCCAGCUGCUUAA